AUGAGGGAUGAAAUUGCAACAGCCGUUUUCUUUGUCACAAGAUUGGUGAAAAAACACGACAAGCUGAGUAAACAGCAAAUAAGAGACUUCGCAGAAAAGCUGAUGACGAUCUUAUUUGAAACCUACAAAAGUCACUGGCACUCUGACUUCCCUUCCAAAGGGCAAGCCUUCAGGUGUAUCAGGAUAAAUAAUACACAGAAUAAAGAUCCCAUUCUAGAAAGAGCUUGUGCUGAAAGUAAAGUGGACUUUUCUCACCUGGGACUUCCAAAGGAGAUGACCCUAUGGGUGGAUCCCUUUGAAGUGUGCUGUAGGUAUGGUGAGAAAAAUCAUCCAUUUACAAUUGCUUCUUUUAAAGGCAGGUGGGAGGAAUGGGAGCUUUCCCAGCAGAUCAGCUGCGCUGUUAAUAGGGCCGCUUUGGACUACAACUCUGGCCUUUCCUCGGAUGAAGAGAGUUGUAACAAAAAACCGCAGAUCAUUCCUAAAGUGAGCAAUCCAAAGAGCAUUUACCAGGUUGAAAACUUGAAACAACCCUUUCAAUCUUGGUUCCAUGUCUCCCGCAAAAAGAAUGUGGUGGAUGGCCGCCUGGGCCUCCUGGGGAACACUUACCCUGCAUUUCAUAAAAAUCCCAAGAGUCAGAGGCCUGCUGCUCUCCCCCGGGUGGACAGGUACCACUGGGUCAACAUGAACCGAUAACGUGGUGGCUGGGCACUCGGUGGGACAGAGCUCAGAGGAGCUGCUUUAUUUUCUCUAAAACAAAAGGGUAUCUGAGUUUGAGAGGCC